AGUUGAUGGGAUCCUUCGUUCUGGCAGUGGGACUAUGGCUACGUUUUGACCCAGAAACUGUUUCUCUUCUAAAUGGUGAUGAAGCUCCAGACACUUUCUUCAUUGGUGUGUAUAUCCUGAUCGGAGCUGGCAGUCUGGUGAUGUUGGUUGGUUUCUUCGGCUGCUGUGGAGCUGUUCGGGAAUCUCAAUGCCUGCUGGGUUCAUUCUUUGCCUGUCUGUUGAUCAUCUUCUGCGCUGAGUUGGCUGCAGGCGUGUUUGGAUUCCUGAACAAAGACAAGAUAAUCAAAGAGGUUCAGACCUACUACACAACCAACUACAAUGAAAACAAUAACGGCACAUUGAUCAUCUCAUACCAGAAAGUGCUGAACUGUUGUGGAACCACAGAAUACCCUUGCCCUGAUCCUCCAAAAGACACUAAAGACUGUGAGACAGGCAUUGAGGAGUUUUUCAACACUAAACUCUACAUCAUUGGAUAUGUGGGCAUCGGCAUCGCUGGAGUCAUGAUUAUUGGGAUGAUCUUCAGUAUGGUGCUCUGUUGUGCCAUCCGCAACAGCAGGGAGGUCAUCUAAAUAUGACCUCUGCCCUUCCUGCCCCGAAAGACUGUACAGCCUUCAGAUCAAAUGACAACCUCUGUCAAUCCAGGGACCCAGGCAGUAAUUAGAUUAUGUUAAAAAAAUCCUUUCCACUGUGAUGCUUAAACCAGCUCUCUUUCUUUUUGUAUUUGCAGUCACGAGCAAAGUAGCAUGUGCUUCCUUUCAACACAUUCAGAUAAGACUUAGUCCACAUAUCCUGUGGGAACAGUAUGAUUUUAUGACCUGACAAUCUUUCAAAUUGUUUUUCCUCAUGGCCGUUUGGCGAACGUUACAAAUGUUAAACCCACAUACUGUCAUAGCAGUGUCAAUGCUUUUUCACACAGCCUUGACACUGACCCCUUGGCUGUGGGAAACUGUAGCCCAGGGAGAGCAAUCUGAGGUGAAAGCAGCUGAGUUUGCUUAUCUGAGCAUUCAGAUGAACACAAACAUGAAGCCGCAAAGACACACAAGCACAGCAAUGUUGUGUUACGUGAGACCACUGCCUCGAAGAAGGUUGUCUGAAAUCUCGUAGGUAUAAAAAUCCUGAUUGGUGGAAUCAGAGCGUGGUGUCAAGAGAGGGAUGGCCAGUGAAUGUUUUGGGAAAGCAUCCAUCAUGCAGCCCAAGCGCUCUUUCUCUCCCACACACAUAGUAUCUGUAUACUGUAUGAUCAAAACCAAUUGUUUCUACAAGAAAUACAGCAGUUAUAUUACAGGGAUAGUUAAAAAUAUGCUAAUUCACUUUCUUGCUAUGAGUUUGAUUAGCUGAUUGAUAGCACAAUGACAAUGUUAGUGAAUCUCAAGCUGCAGCCCGGAGUUGGUUAGAUUAGCACAAAUAACGGAAAAAGGAGGGAAUAGCUAGCUUGGCUUUGUCUUUAUGCUAAGCUAAACUAAACUAAGGUACACUAACAGGCUGUAGCUUAAUAUUUACUUUACUGACAUAUGAGUGGUGUUAAUCUUCUCAUCCUAUUCUUUGAAAGAAAUAAUCUAUUAUUUUAGGCAACUUUAGGCCUACCCACAUUCAGGUCUUUUACAACAACUCAUGCAUACUUUAUAUAUUUUUAAUAAUGCCAAUAUGUGGCGCAUACCACAAGCAAGUUUCAAAAGUCUGUAAAAGACAUAAAUGAUUGCCUGCAGCAUUAGGAAAAGUACAUACGAACUAAAAACCAAAAGGAAAAGCCCCUUGUACAUAUAUAUAUAUAUAUAUAUAUAUAUAUAUAUAUAUAUGCUCUCUUACAUAAGAGAGUAUAUCUGAGUCUCUGUUGACUGUAUGUCAGGAGGAUCAUUUGGAAAUGUUUACAGGCUAAAUAUAUUCUAGUCGGUCAACUGAGAACAAGCAGUUGGGCCUAAGAAAUGUGCUUAUCCAAACCAGGUCUUUGAUCUCUUCACACCUCCAUCUUUUCCCCCCCUGUGCCUUUAAAAGUGCACCGCCCACAACAACAUAAAUCAGAGCAAUAACCUUUGUUUUCCUCUAAUCUCAUAAACCUCAGCAGAUAUGAUAGUUGGACAGACAUGCCCAACCUGGAAUCACUUCCAUGUAUCCAGGUUCAUCGGGCUGCUGUUGAUUCUGUAGGGUUUAUAUUUGGACUCUGGUAUGUAAAUAUGAGUUUUCUUGUAGUUGUACAUUAUUUGUGGUUGAUGUGAUGGAUAGGCCUACUAUUUAACAUGCUGUGUGUAGACAGAGGCUUGCAGUAGUUGGAAAGUGUUUAUGUAGUCAUGACAAUGUUUGCAUUAGUCAAACUGAAACUUCUUAACGUGCCUUUCUUGGAAGAUGAGCUAUUUUAGAACUACGUGAUGACUGAACGUAGCAAAAAAAUCUUAGCAAAGUGUACAUAUGUUUGUAGAGUUCGACUGCAAUUCAUUGUCACACACAUUAGACUUGCCAUUAUUGUUGUGGUCUGUCUUAAAGUGUCACACUCAACAGUGUCUUUUCAGCCAAGAGAGCUGAAGUGGUAAAAGCAACAAUUUAUCUGCCAACUAUUUCAAAAGCCUCUGAUCAAGCUGUGUGGAACACAAGCCGUGGUCAUUUUUUUUACUUUCGAGUGUAAUGUGACACGAGAGAUGAGACGCCAAAGGCUUUCUUACCACUCCAGUAGGCGGUGUUCACUCUGAGUGAAGACACACAACUGAAUCUCUUUUCACUAUAGAGGCUCUGGAGUUAAAAAAGGGAACAGUUUAGUGCAACUCAAAUCCACAAAGCUGUUGCUGUGUUCCUCAGUUGUAUUUGUUGGAGCAAAUCUGAAGGUAUAACAGGAAACAAAAGUAUAAGCAGUCAAGCCUUUUUUUUAGAUGAUUGUGUGUUAAUUUAUUUUAAUACCAUUGCAGGCUUCUCAGGAAGAUAGGUUUACAAAGUGUAAUAAAGCUUUUAAAGUUGAA